UAGUGUGUAGUCGUCUCCUUCAUCUUCUUCUACUUUUAUUCUCUUACUAAUCUUUUUAAGUUUUGUGGUUUAGGUGGUUUGGUUUGAGACUUUGAGGGGCCCAAUCAUUGCCGUACAAAUGUAACACUUCAUCAACGUUUUCAGUUUUAAAAUUAUUUUUCAUUCAUUUACAUAAAACACUCCCCAAGACCAAAUCACUACUACCACAAAACAGAACCCCCCAAAACAAAAGAGAGAGAAAAACUCGGUUCUCUAAAGAAAAUGGGAAACUUCAACAACGACAACAAUAAUGGUACAACACCAUUGUUAGAAGUCGAAGGAGAAGGAGAGAGAAAAUGGGUAGAAAAGUUUAUAGAUUGCAACGAAGCCAAGGAACAAAUCCUUUAUUCGUUGCCUUUAGUUUUAACCAAUGUUUGUUACUAUCUAAUUCCUUUAGUUUCUGUUAUGUUCUCUGGUCAUCUUGGUCAACUUCAGCUUGCUGGUUCUACUCUUGCUAAUUCUUGGGCUUAUGUUACUGGUUUCGCAUUCAUGCUUGGUCUAAGUGGAGCACUUGAGACACUAUGCGGGCAAGGAUUCGGUGCGAAAUUAUACAAAACCUUGGGGAUUUAUCUCCAAGCAUCAUGUAUAAUUUCGUUCUUUUUUGCAAUAAUCAUAUCGAUUAUAUGGUGGUUUACAGAACCCAUUCUAAAUAUACUUGGUCAAAACCCAGAAAUCUCAAAAGAAGCAGCUACUUUCCUUAGAGGUCUAAUACCAGGAAUCUUUGCCUUUGGCAUCAUUCAAAAUAUCUUGAGAUACCUCCAAACACAAUCCGUGGUUUGGCCUACUGUCGUAUGCUCCCUUGUACCUUUGCUCUUGCAUUUUGGAAUCAAUUAUGGGUUGGUAAUGUGCACCUCCCUCGGUCUUCCUGGCGCAGCAUUGGCUGCUUCAUUCACAUUUUGGAUUUCAGCCAUAAUGUUGCUUCUAUAUGUCAACUAUAGUAAAGAGUGUGAGCAUACUUGGGGUGGGUUCUCCACGGAAUCGUUUCAUCACGUUGUUGGUAAUCUGAAAUUGGCGUUACCUUCUGCUGCUAUGGUUUGUUUAGAGUAUUGGGCAUUUGAGAUCCUGGUCUUGUUGGCUGGCCUGUUCCCGAACUCUGAAAUAACCACCUCUCUAAUUGCAAUGUGUGUAAACACAGAAGCAAUUGCCUUCAAUUUUACAUAUGGCUUGAGUGCUGCAGCAAGUACGAGAGUGUCGAAUGAGCUUGGAGCAGGGAGACCGAAUGAAGCGAAGCAUGCAAUGAGAGUAACGUUGAAGCUGUCAGUCAUGCUAACGGCUAUUGUGCUUCUUGCUCUUGGUUUUGGACACGAGAUUUGGUCAGGUUUCUUCAGUGAUAGCAUUGAUAUUAUGCAAGCUUUUGCUUCCAUGACACCUUUAGUUUGCAUUACAAUAUUUCUCGACUCAAUUCAAGGCAUUUUAUCAGCGGUGUGUAGGGGAUGUGGUUGGCAGCAAAUGGCCAUGUACAUCAAUUUGGCAACAUUUUACCUCAUUGGUAUGCCCAUUGCAUGCUUGCUCGCUUUCAAGUUUGAUUUGUAUGUCAAGGGUCUUUGGAUAGGCCUAAUAUGUGGCCUUGCAGCUCAAAAUGGAUCUCUUUAUCUAAUUACACGACUCCAGAAUUGGGCAACAAUCGGACUUUCUUCUAGCGAAGAACGUUCUGCUUUGGUUUGAUAGAUGUAGCUAAAUGGUAUUAAGCUUGAUGCAUUGUGUAGAAGAUGUGAGCUUUUUUGGUUCCCUACAAUGGUGAUGGUAGUUAUUCUAAUUGAUACUUCUACAUUAUUCUUGGGCAAUAUCUCCAAAAUUAGAAAAGUAGUACUUCUAAUUGUACGACAGUACGGAUAUGAACAUUUAGGAUUUUGUUUAAUUUACUUAUUUUUAUACUUAAUAAAACAAGAAAUUGGCACGAUGAUAAUUCA